CAAAUACAGUCUAAUUUCACUCAUCAAAUGGAUUCGGUGUUGAAAUUUUAGUCAUUCCCUUGAAUGGAGAUCAAGUCUCCGUCCUCUGUUCUUAGUAAAUUGAAAAAAAAAAGACCUUUUUUUGAACCAUAGAGGGCUUAUUUAGAUAAAUACAAAAAAAAAAAAAAAAAGAAGAACUAGAUUUAUAUGGAAUGAAAGAUAGUGUAUAAAAGUUCACUUGAAAGGGAAUCCACAGGCACAUUUUUGCUGUUUGAAUUUUGAAGGAAGUAGAAGCAGUUGUUACAAUUUUUUUUCUUAAACAUAUUGAAUUUCUGGAAUGUUUACUUCAUUUUUGUUUGAUUGCAAUAUGCUCAGUAAAUUAAAGUCUGAAGUUUGUUCAUUAGUUUUUAAAAUCUGAGGUUUUAUGUUAUCAGCAAUGGAUCGGACUUCACUGCAAAUAUGUUUUUGUUUUAAGCUUGGAUUACUGAUGCAUUCAGGAUCCGUGGUUAGGCGACUUGUUGAGUUAGAUGUCAUUUCUUUGUAUAGCAUUAGCUUCACUUUGAAAUUUUCGGUUAUUUAACUUUGUCAGAUCCCCUAAAUACCUGCAUUUAGGUGAAUAUGACUGUCAAGUUGGUGGCUCUUUAUGGUCUGUCUUCUGAUAUAUUGUCUUUAAGCUGGUGUUUCUUAUGGUCUAAAUGCUCUGAAGUUUGAAGAAGAAUUUUUCUUUUCAUCUUUUUAACCAUUCUUGCUGUAAAAUGAAUGUAGGAUUUAGUAAUGUUUGAAUUUCUAUUAAAACAUAUACAUCCAAUUUCACUCAUGAAAUGGAGUCACUGGAGGCAUCUGAGUCAUUCCCUUGGAUGGAGAUAAACCUCUUUCAGCUUUGUAUCUUAGAAAUUGACAGAAAUUCUCCUUUUUGCACCAGAAUGGAUUUGUUUGGAUGAAAUGAAAGACAGGGAUCCAGAGGUUAAGCCCCUUGUUGAGUUGGAUAACAUUCCUUUGUAUGAACUGCUACCUGAUAUUCCAUUAUGGAUAAAGAGUCCUGAUUUUGAUCGAGUAGACUGGUUAAACAAGUUUCUCUUUGAUAUGUGGCCUUACCUUGAUAAGGCAAUUUGUUCUACAAUUAGAAACACGGCACAGCCAAUAUUUGCAGAGUACAUUGGGAAGUACAAGAUAGAAGCCAUUGAGUUUAGGAACUUAACUCUUGGAACUCUACCUCCAACCAUUCAUGGUAUCAGAGUCUAUGAGACCAAUGAAAAGGAGCUAGUAAUGGAACCAGCAAUGAGAUUGGCUGGCAAUCCCAACAUGGUUUUGGUGAUAAAAUUGUUGUCUUUCCAAAUUACAGUUCAGUUAGUGGAUUUGCAAAUAUUUGCGGCACCUCGGUUAACUUUGAAACCUCUUGUUCCUACCUUUCCGUGCUUUGGAAAAAUUGCAGUGUCUUUGAUGGAGAAGCCACACGUAGAUUUUGGAGUGAAAGUACUAGGAGGGGACAUCAUGUCAAUACCUGGCCUUUAUCAAUUCAUUCAGAAAUCUAUUCAGAAAUAUGUUGCAAGCCUCUACCUUUGGCCCCAAACACUUGACAUACCAAUUCUUGAUGAUUCAGCUAUGGCCAUAAAGAAGCCUGUGGGGAUACUACGUGUGAAGGUUGCGCGGGCUAUGAAACUCUUAAAGAAGGACUUUCUUGGAACGUCUGAUCCUUAUGUCAAACUCAGCCUAACUGGGGAGAGGCUACCAUCGAAGAAAACCACCAUCAAAAAGAGGAACUUAAAUCCUGAAUGGAACGAAAACUUCAAGCUUCUUGUGAAGGAACCCCAAUCUCAAGUCCUUCAAUUACAAGUAUUUGACUGGGACAAGGUUGGCAGACAUGACAGGUUGGGAAUGCAAUUGGUUCCCCUAAAAGUACUUACACCAAAUGAGACGAAAGAAUUUACUCUAGAUUUGCUCAAGCACACAAAUAUUACUGAUCCUAAAGACAAGAGUCAUAGAGGGCAAAUUGUAGUUGAGCUUACCUAUGUACCUUUUAGAGAAGACAGCUGCAAGUUCAGUACUGCGCUAUCAGAGAAAUAUAGCACAAUGGAUAGUGGAAUUAAUCAGUCGUUCAAUGUGAAUCAGGAGACCUUGGGCAGAGCAGGUUUACUUUCAGUUAUAGUCCAAGGAGCUGAAGACGUAGAAGGGGAGCGUCACAACAAUCCUUACACUUUAGUCCUUUUUAGAGGAGAAAAAAAGAAAACAAAGCUGAUAAAAAAAAAUCGUAACCCUCUAUGGAACGAAGAGUUCCAGUUUAUGCUUGAGGAUGCUCCUUUACAUGAGAAGAUCCAUAUUGAGGUUAUGAGUAAGCGGACAGGCUUUAGGUUUCGAGCACUGGAAUCACUGGGAUAUGUAGAAAUUAAUCUUACUGAUGUUGUGCACAAUGGACGCAUCAAUGAAAAAUACCAUCUAAUCAAUUCCAAGAAUGGCAUUAUACAUGUUGAGAUAAAGUGGACAACGAUAUGAGAAAAGAUAUGCAGAUAAAUGGGAUGUAACUACAAAUCUGAGGGGU